AUUUCAAUUCCGUAUUACAAACAUAGGAUAAUUAAACAAUUAGUUAUAAUAUUUAUUUUGAAUUCUAAGUUCAAGUCCCUGUCGUACAGCAUCUGCUUCUGAUAGUAUAUAAUACUGUCUUAACUAUUCAUAAUCAUUGCUCUAAACCAUUACUGAAUAAAAAAAUAUAAUUAUUUUUUUACAGCACAGUAGAUAAGUUCUUAUAAUUUAUGAAGUAAUAAAUAUUAUUUUAACUGAUACAAUCUUUAUUUAAAUGGUUUUUUAUUAAACUAGAAUAAUCAGAACUUGAUACUAUUUAUAUGUUUGUGAAAUAUAUAUUUGUACAUACAAAGAUUUACGAAAUAUAAACGUAUCGAGCGUUAUUCGUAGUAUAAUUUUAUUUAUCUUGCGAUACAUACCUUGUUUCUAAAAAAGUAAUUAUGUCAGGAACUGCUCCGCAUACGGAAAAAGAAUUAGAUUUAAGUAAUGCCGGCCGAGGUGUAUGGCUUGUCAAAGUACCUAAAUACAUAGCAAAUAAAUGGGAAAAAGCACCUGGCAAUAUAGAAGUUGGAAAAUUAAAAAUAACGAAAAAUCCUGGUCAAAAAGCAGAAGUAUCUCUCAGAUUAUCUGAAGCUGUAUUAGCAUUAAAAGAGCCAGGAGAAGAAGAAAUUCCAAAACAACAUAGAUUAGAUGUUACAACAGUGACAAAACAAAUGUUGGGUGUAUUUUCUCAUGUUACACCAUCAAGUAGUUCGGAUUCUAUUGUCCCUGAAACUGAGAAACUUUACAUGGAAGGUAGAAUUGUACAAAAAUUGGAAUGUAGACCGUAUGCUGAUAAUUGUUAUAUGAAGUUGAAACUACAGAGUAUUAAGAGAGCUUCUGUGCCUCAGAGACAGGUUCAACAAUUAGAUAGGGUAGUUCAAAAUUAUAAGCCUGUUUCUGAUCACAAACAUAAUAUUGAAUAUGCAGAAAAGAAGAAGGCCGAGGGUAAGAAGAUGAGAGAAGAUAAGAACACAGUAUUAGAUAUGUUGUUUGCUGCAUUUGAGAAACAUCAGUAUUAUAACAUAAGAGAUCUUGUGAAAAUUACAAGACAACCUAUUGUGUACUUAAAAGAAAUAUUGAAUGAGGUUUGUAAUUAUAAUCUAAAAAAUCCUCAUAGAAACAUGUGGGAGUUAAAACCGGAAUACCGGCAUUAUAAAGACGAAGAAAAAUCUUCCGAAAAUGCUCAGAAAAAAGAUGAUGAAUCAGACGACGAUUAAUUCAUGGUAUUCGUAUAUCAUUUUUAUUUAGUUUUCAUUUAUUUAAAGUGAAGUUAAAAGUAAAAUACAAUAUCUUAAACUUAAGGCUGUGCAACAUAAACAUAACUUUGACAAUUUUUUAAAUAUUGUACAUUUAUGUUCUUAUUAAGAAGGGAACAAGGUAAUUAAAUUAUUCUUCUAUUUUUUGACUAAACACGAUUAAUAAUUAAAUUAAUUAUUUCUAUUAUACUACAAUUAAAAAUUUUUUAUUAUGAUAUAAAUUGCUAGUACAUAAAAUAAAAUUGUAAUCCUGUAAAGUAAAUGUUUAUACUCUAUAUAUAUAAAAAAAGAUGCAUUGCAUUAUUAAAGUACAAUAGUUGUUACACGAAUUUUAGCUAUUUCUAAUCCUGUAAAUAAAAGGCACUAUGUGUUGUUACACACAUUAAAAUAUUUUAAAAAUUA